AUGGGCCUCUUCUGGUGCCAGAAGCAAGGCACCACCACCACCACCUCCGGCAGUGGCAGAGGUGGCAAAGCAACCCCCACCACCACUGCGACCGCCACCGAUCACCACUGCAGGAGCUGCGGCAUUGGCAGACUCAUGAGGAUGCUGAGGAAGCAAAGCAGGCUGCUGUGCAUGGCCUCAAGGCCUACCACAUUGCACUGCCAAUAUGACCCCUUGAGCUACUCUCGAAACUUCGAUCGUGGCAUCGGGACGGCUCUCGAUGAUGACUCAGCUCAUUACUACUACACAUUCUCGUCGAGGUUCGUCGCCAGCUCUUCAGGCAUCUCUAGAGGACUAACAUCCAACCAUUAG